AUUCGCACAGCGAUGACAACCGUGAGUUUAAAGGUUGGCUCCUUGACGCAACAGAGCAGUCAGAUUAGGGAAGAGCUGCUCUAUCGCCUGUUUUAUCAAGAAACGUUAUUCCGUCGUUCGCCAGAACUCCCAGGAGAGAUAACCGCUGCCUGAUUCGUGUUUUUUAGUCAGUUUUGGUCGCCAAAUAAAAACGAAUAUUUUAGAAGUGACGCCGCUGUUUCUUGACUUAAGGAAAAAUUGGACGCUUACUUAACCUUGUUGGGGGAUCCUGUGGUGUGUAUCCAAAAACCGUGGCAUGGCCGAACGUCGGAUUUCGGGAUGGUUCGUUCUGUCGGCCGUCUUCAUCGUGGCCGUCUUCGGCCUCUUCUUCACCUUCACGGAACGCAAGACGUGGCCGGAGCAGAGGACGGAACUAUCCGCAGCUGACAUGAGGCUGGUGCCCCCUUCCUCGACCCUCUGGUGUGAAGCUGUCGCCCUCACCUCUGAUCAUCCUUUCGUCGCCUAUCAGGUGAGCUUGCCUCCUUUGAUCGAGCCGAAGCACCUGAACAAGCAGAGAGUGAAUCUCAAUUUGAAGUUGAAUGGAGGCCAGAGCGGUAACGUCAUGAAACUCAGGUACUAUCUCCUCCCCGCGUCUAUCGUCGAGAUCUCAGCCUGCGCCACCCACCCAGGGGGACGACUCCUAGUUUUCAAGGGCGAUAAAGAGGUGACGAGCUGUCUGAAGCAACAGUGUGGGGAAGACAGCGACGAGUCGGAUUCCGACGAGGAUUCGUCAGCGGAUUCCUCCAAGUGCUCCUGGAGCAGUAAAACCUCCCGCUGCUCCUCCUUAGUCAGUAACAGCGUGAUCUCCUCGAGCGAUGUACGGGAGGAGUCAUCUUACAUGUGCGACGAUGUACACGACGUACGUCCCGUGCACGUGAACAUAACUUCGGCCGACUUCUAUGUGAUUGUCAUUCUUAAUACCAAUCGACACAGAUCGAACGCCAUCGGACUGCGCAUCGUCCUCGACCGAUCCCGGUACACUAUCCACAAAUCAGGACAUACUUUUGACAUGUGUAGUCUGUCCACUGCAUGUACCAUUGGUCUUUCAUUUGCCUCCAGCGACCGGGCCUUAGUAUGGAUUCCAGAUGAACCCAACGCUGGCCGGUCUACAUUCACUAUUCGGUCCCAGUGCAAACCAAGGCUGGCCGUCUUCGCCAUCUUGUCCGUAUUUUUCCCCCUCAUUGUGUUUUUAGGGGUGGCAUUUGUGGUUCGGGCCGACCGUGAUCGAAUCAUGCGUAUCUACAGUUGCAGGGGCAGACUGGAACGAGAAAGACAAGAGAGAUCCGACAGCAGGUUCGUGGCACCGUUACUGGACGAUGCUGUGGCUGGCAGUGGCGAUUUCACUCAUUUCCAUACAAGAGAGGCGCCACAGACACCUACGGACGAACAGCCUCCCCCCUAUCAUACACUUUAUGAUCCUCCCCCACCCUACGCGUGUGUGAAAGAAGAUGAAAAUAACAAGUGAUGUUAGACUUCCCAAUAAUUUUUGAAAGUCCGUUGCUCAUUACUUAGUCAAGAAAUUGGAAAUGGUUCCGAUAACUUAUCCAUGUAUUCCAUUCCAUUACAAAUUGGAUUUCAUUGUAGUGCUGUUAUUAGCCAAUUGCAGCUGGUGAAUGGAAUACAAGACCUUGAAUACGGAUGGAUUAUCAGGAAUAAUAAAUGAUUAAAUGCGACACUGGAUAUUCAAAAUCAGAGCUUUGCCCUGGCUCUAAAACACAAGCUACUGUGCUGUAGUUCACUUUCAGCUUUUUUGGUCUGAUUGUGAACUAUUAUUGACUAUGUGCAAUUUUUAUGUUAUUUUUGUGUGUUCAGUUAUUUUCUUUGUCUACUCUAAAUGCUCAUUUGUGACAAUCCAUGUACAUUUUCAUCUUGAAAUUCUUGUUUGUUUCCUGAAUAAUAAUGGUUCGUGAAUUGGUAUUUGAAAAAAAAAAGACAUCAAUGUUAGAGACAUUUGCAUUACAUCUGAAUGAAAGUAUUUGAACAUUUGAAAAUAGUUUUAAUUUAUUCGGCGAGGAAAUACUAAUCUACAGAAUUCCAUCACUACAAAACUAUUCCAAAUAUAUUUUUUCAAUGGUAUUGUAUUGCCUAAAUUAAAGAGAAAUUAGAUUUACAAUUUAAGUAAUUGUAAAAAAAAAGCAAAAUAAGAGGAGAUUGCUUUCGAUUUUAACUUAAAACUUCUAACUGAAGUUAGAUAAAGAUUUUCUUCAAUCUUUUAAAGAAUUAUGAAACACGAUUUCGAAUUUCUGAGACUCUGAAAUCAUCUCUUCAUAUGAUGGUGAAACUAAUUUUAAUCAACACUUUGGCCUCCUUGAAGAAAAUUCAUAUCUGUUUACAUUACGGUACUUUGCGCAUAUUGACCACCCUAAUCGGUACAGUAGUUAAAUUUAAGUGAAUUCAUCAAUAUUACAAAUAUUAAUUGAUAAAGCUUUUAGAAAUUACUUUACAGAUUACUAUUAAUUGAAAUAUUGAUUUCUUUAGUUAUUAAUUCAAAAUUUAAUAUAUUCUGUCUGUUUUUAUAAUUUUUUAAAAAUAAAUUGUUCUGGUGAGAUGCUAAAUUAUUUUUAUAUAAGCUAGAGAAAAUAUUUCAAAAAUUUGAAAAUUCUUUUAAAAAAGUACUCUUUUUUCCCCCUUAUUUUGCAUGUUCUACAGAAAUUAAUAGCAUUCUGAUAUCCUCUGUUAGCAUCUCUCUAUUUUUUUAUGAAAGAAAUAAUGACAUUUUCUGUAACGCAUUUGAUAACUCGUUAUAUGACAUCUUUCCUCAUUAUCGAAACACCUGCAAAUAACUGUUUCUACUAACAGUUAUUUGCAGUAACGAAAUACUACUACUACUACUACCGUACUACAGAAAAAGUAGAAAUCUACUGGUGUGAGAUUACAAGUAAUCUUCAUAUCCAAGUGUAUAACAGAAACUCUUCAUUAAAAAUCAAAUUCAAAAUUUUGUAGUUAUAAAAUGAGUUUUAAUCGUUAUUUUUUAAUUUUGCUACUUACUUUGUUAUGAACCAAGAGCCUUUAAAUACUUAAAUAAUUAACUAAAUUUUUUGAAACAAAUAUUUUAUAUUUUUUUCCUAGCAUAACAAUAUUAUGUUCAAAAAAAUCAAACCAGUUGUGUUAAAAUUGCAUUUUUAAUGUCGAAAAUUAAAUUUUUUUGGUAAACUUUUGAAAAUUCCAGAAAAUAAUUUCGAUAAAAUUGCUAUUUUUUUGUUUAUUUACAACUAGUUCUGUUAGUUGUUUGUGAGUUCCGCAAUUUAGAAAUCCUCUAAAUGCAAGCUGAGUGGCUUUAAAAAAAUAUUUUAUACCUUAUGUCAGAUGUGUCUUAAAGAAUAUUCAGAAUUGAAUUUUUCGUCUGCUUUUGCAUAUCAAUUUCAAGAUUCCAUAAUUUUUCUUUUAUUUUCCGCUCAAAGUAUUUUUAUGCUAAAUAAUAAAUAAAAGUCAAAGAAAUUUCUAUGUUCGUCUAAAAAUCAACCUAUUUAAAAUAUAUCACCGUAAAAUGUUAACGUAUUCAAUAAAAUUCGUUUUUAGAACUUAUUACAAAUAAUAGUUAUAUUUCAUAGUAGCAAAGUUAAUUUUAACUGUCUUUAACUACAAUAUGCCUCGGACUUUGUGGCAUUGAAAAAUUUCACUCUACAUUAAAAAAAAAAUUUCCUUUUAGAAUGAAAAAAAAAAAAAAGAUUUUAUUGACUGGCAUCGAAUAAGAUAAACAUUCUAGUCUUGGGAUGUUCCAUUCCAUAUUUCAUGAAUAAUACUUUGUAUAAACGAUGAAUGUAUAUAAAAAUGUUGUUAUUGUUCUAGUCUUGUUGACGUGUUCAUGUUUCAAAAAGUUGUUUCUGGUAACUUCCGGAAAAUGGAAGUUAAACUUUUAGUUCAAUCUUGUGCAUUGUCAAUGUGUUAAAUCAAAAAGUGCCAUCUUUGUAUAGUGUGUUAAACAAUGUAAUUCCUCGGAAUUUGUAAGAUUAUAUUUAAUUUUAAUAAUCAUGUGUCUUCCAUUGCUUUCAAAUUUCUUAUGCUUAAAAUUUUUAACUUUUAUUAAUGAAUCAAAUUUGAUAAAAUUUUUCUUUCAAUAUAAAUAAAAGAAUAAACCUGAAAACAGCUUUUUACAG